UGCAGUGAGCACCAUAAGACGUCACGCACAUCGAAGCAAUAUCCUACCCUGUAUUCAUUGUAUCAUGGGUGGCUAGUCUGUAACCUAACCACAGAACAUACCUCUUCUGUGGACCUAACCACACUUAUAUAGCAUGAAAACAUUUUGCACAAACCUCUAUUAUUUGCAUUAAAUAUGACUCUAAGACUAAUAAAGGAUGUUAUGAACAUCAGUGCCAGACUAUGUCAGCCGCUCAUAACUCAAAAACUGGCAUUCCACAACACUCCAAGCGUUGCGGCCUGGGAACCGAAUAAGACCGAGAGCGGCCCCACUCGUUGGUUGGAGAACAAUAAAAAGAUCUAUCCCCCUCAAGAGCCCGGAGAAGAACCCCGGCCGGCUUUUGUAUGCCAUCAAAGAGAAAACAUCAAGUACAGCCCCAAAAAGAUGUGGUAUAUAGCCUGCCUCGUAAGGGGCAUGUCGGUGGAUGAAGCCAUUAAACAGCUCAAAUUUGUAACGAAAAAAGGGGCGAAGGAUGUUCGGGAGGUGAUUGAAGAGGCCAAGGCACUUGCAGUGCAGGAACACAAUGUAGAGUUUGCCAGUAACUUGUGGGUUGCGGAAUCGUUUUCUGGUAAAGGCAUGGUAAUCAAAGGCUUACGUCGCCACGCCAGAGGCCGAAGAGGGUUGAUCAGAUACUCCUACUGCCACUACUUUGUCAGACUAGAAGAAGGUAAACCGCCCAAGAAAUACUACGCAAGUGCCCCGAAGGAGCCACAUGAAAUGUUGGAGGACUGGAUGACACAUAUGCGGAGACGAAAAGUCUUCAAUUCAAUAUAAAUAUGUAUUAGGAAUAACAAUGUAAAAAUAAGUUGAAAUACUGAAAAAAAUACCGCCUAACUUAAUUAACCUUUUCUAUCGGUAAUACUUACAAUAGCAGUAGAGUUAAGUGCUACUAAAUAGGUAAGUUAGCAACUCGGGCUUUGUCAUUUCUCUUUUGUAUUUCUGCACAAUUUCUUGGAUUUUAAGUCGUCGGCGUAAAUGUGGGGGCUGGUAGCUAGAAAAAGUGUCAUCUUACCAAUAAAUAUUUCAAUUUGUAAAGCUAUAGCUGCCAGUCUAAGUGGCCAUAUACUAUUAAAUUUAUAUAUUAAAACAAAGACUCGACCGAAAGCAGCACAGUGCCCCGUUCUCGAGCCAAAAAUAAACAUUUCUGCUGAUCACUUA